AAAACACCAUCAAUCCCAGGAAUUAAAGAGAGAAGACAUUAUGCCAGCUUCCUCGCUACAAUUCCACAGAACCAAUCCCACCAAUAUUCACACCGCAACCGCUACCCUCAACCGCCAUAAACACUUCCAAAUCAACCCUCUUUUGCACAACCGAGUCGACCCAGUACCCGACUUGGUGGCCUUCCACCAUACCCACACCCUCGGGUCCAACCAGUGCUGCUCCGCUGUGGUCCAGACCAUCGACGCUCCCGUCUCGACCGUCUGGUCCUUGGUCCGACGAUUCGACAAGCCGCAGGCCUACAAGCACUUCCUCAAGAGCUGCCACGUCAUCGACGGCGACGGUGACGUGGGCACUAUCCGAGAGGUCCAAGUGGUGUCGGGACUGCCCGCCGCCUCCAGCACCGAGCGCCUCGAGAUCCUCGACGACGAGAGCCACGUCCUCAGCUUUAGCGUCGUCGGUGGGGACCACCGUCUCCACAAUUACCGGUCCGUUACCACCCUUCAUGCCGCCUCGUCCGCCGUCAACAGUACGAUAGUUGUCGAGUCCUACGUUGUUGAUGUGCCGCCGGGUAAUACCAAGGAAGAGACUUGCGUGUUUGUGGAUACAAUAGUACGUUGCAAUUUACAAUCUUUGGCUCAGGUCGCUGAGAAUACAGCGAGAAACUAGCAAAUUAAAUAUAUAUUUUAAUGCUCAUGAAUGAUUCUUUUGCUUCUUUUUUUAUUUCUGAUAUAGCCAUAUGGGUCGAUUGGAUCGUGUAUCAUGGAUCAUUGAGAUCCACACUGGGAAUUGGUAGUACUGUACUUAGAUUUUCAGAUGGCAAUGGCUGGAG